AUGGUGGAGGCUGUUGCUCCUGACGGGGUGCAGGCGUCGGAGGAGCAUGCAAAGCAUCGGCAGCCACUAGGAGCAAGUGGAGGGUGUGGUCCACCAAUGCGCCUGUUGCUCACUUCCUUUCAAAGUAGUGCUGUACAGUGUUGUGAUGAACAUGAUCCAGUUGCUAAGUCAAUAGGAGCGAUAAACACCAUAAUUAGAAGACCAGAUGGCAAAUUAGUAGGGUACAAUACGGACUACAUUGGAGCGAUAUCUGCUAUUGAGGAUGGCAUUGGAGGUGCUGGGGGUGCUGGUAAGGCAAUUGCUUAUGGGGCAAAGGAAAAGGGUGCGAGGGUAGUUAUAGCAAAUCGCACCUAUGACCGCGCCGCCUCUGCGGACGCCGCACGUGGCUCGCGCACGGCGCGCGGGCCGCCCGAUGGCCGUGAGAACAACCCGCAAGGGGCCUUCGCGCUCGCCGCCACGCUGCUGCUGAGGGUCGACCAGGGAUGGGGCUGCUCCCCUGGUGCUCUUGUGGAACUGGAAGAGGAUGUGCACCUUGCCGAGCUGGUCCGUAACUGGGAUUUCUCAGUCGAUGGUGGUGAAGAUUGGGUCAAAGAAAGAAAGAAAUGGGAACUCGAAGAAGUGGCAAGCUGGUCACCCAUUAUUGGCAAGCAUAACAAGAAGAACUCAUCAAAAAUGGUUGUUUUCCAUGAGAAGCUUGUUCAAGAUUCGCCCCCUUUCAAAUCCAAGCCUAAGGAACUUCACUCGGUGAUAAAGAUUGGAAGCAUGUUCUGUCUUAUUGUUGAUAGUUUUCCAUCUGUGAUUGGCUCCUCUCAACCUUCACAAAAUGAUUGGACUGGAUUCCCCGCCAUCCCUUCAUGCCUCAAGCAUCAUUCGAAUUCAACUCCUAAGGGGAUUCUUGGUGCUCAUCAUGUCAACAGGGAUAUUUCAGUCAAGAGGGUCUUUCAAAAUCUCAAAAGAGAUCUUCUCAUUAGAACCAAGGCUUUCUGCGCUAAGCGAAGAUUUGAUUUGAGACACAAAUGGGCUCCAAAGCCCAGUAAAUCAUCUUCGGUGGAAAAACAACUAGAUAAGGCGGCCGGUGCAUCUAAUGCUGCCAUUGAGUGGUCUCUUGGCCCAAAUGCUCCCAGUGACCCUUCCUCUCCCUCCGCUCACGGCACCCUCACUCGUUGUAUCCCUGUGGAGUCUUGCUCUUCGCCUCCACUCAUCUCAGCUGACAUCCUUGCUGUUCAAACCAUCGAGGGGCUUGUGGUUCCUGGAGAACCUGAUCAUAUUGCCAAUACGGCCAACCAGUUCACGGAGCACGUGCGUGAGAUGCAGGUUAGUCAGCCAGAAGAGAUUCAGGACCAGGUUUCCGGUGUUUCUUAUGCAUCUCUCAACUCAGCAUCUUCUAUUUCCCAACACUUCCAUAUUGGGGCAGGGCAAAGUACCGAAGUGAUUGUGGAUUCACUGAACCUAGAACAGAACAGCAUGCUGGUGAACCAGGAGAGGGCUCAAGAAUAUAACUCUCAGAUUACAAACAACCUUGCAAUAGUGCCCGCCAAACCUCUACCGCAGAGCACAAUGACAGAGUACAGAAGGAAGUAA